UCGCGUGACUACUAUGUCACAUAUAAAAAGAAUCGUAAACUUGAAAGAAAUGUUGAGAUAUUUUAUUUUAAUAAAUUUAUUAUUUGCUCUUAAAGCCUUAGUCUUAUCCAAGAAUGUCGACUCCAAUCCAAAUAAAAGUUUUGAUCGAUAUGAUGUAGUUAUUAGAAUAGGAUCUGGUCCAAAUAAUUUUUUACUUCGUCUAAUUUGCGUUAUUCACAAAGAUAAUGCCUUAUUGUGUAGAAGAGCACAAAGUAAAAUACACAAGGCUAAUAGUAUUCUAGAAGCGUUUUUCACUUCGAGAAACACAUCUGGACUUAUUCGACAAAAUAAAAACAGUCCUGCUACUUCUAUCCAAACCUUUACUUUGAAAAGUCAAGGAAACUUUGAAGUUGCAAGAAAUUUUAAAGUUAAAAAUAAACAUUUGCGUAAAUUUAUAUGCGUACCAAAGUCAAAAAGAAUAAUAAUGUUCCAUAAUUUUAUCUAUUCCCCUACUAUUCAUAUGAAAAAAAUUACGAGUUAUCAAAAAUCAUAUGGACUUCACAAAAUAAGAAAGAGAAACGUUUUGAAUAGUGAGUUUGAAGCAAAAUUCAAUUUGAUUAAUUUGGUUGAAGGAUUAAAUGAAAAAUAUAUUUCUAAUUUGAAUGAGACAAUGAUCGGGAAUGAUGAAAAAGAAAAUAAACAUCGAGGAGAAUUCAUGAAGAGCAAAAUUAAAAAAAUUAUAGGUGAAAACGGUCAUCUCACUCUUAACUGCCCCGAAGCAACAUUGGAAUCCAAGGUUGAAUGGUAUAAAAAUAAUGAAAAGCUAAAUUCUUCAUUUAGAAAUAACAUGGCAGAGACUGAAAAAGAACCGCAUUUAACUAUUGAUGCAUAUAAUUCCCUCUAUAUAUUACAAGCUACUAAGGAAGAAGAAGGUGUUUACACAUGUUAUGUUGACGGCAAACCAUACCAAUCCUACUGUGUAAAAGUUGUAUCAAAAUCUAAAUUACUCAAUCAAGAAUUUUUUAGAUAUUCCAUUUAUCUUGGAUUUGUAUUAUCUCUAACUAUAACAUGCUAUUGUGCCGGAAUUUGUGUUGCUUGGCAUCAAAGAAACUACUUUGCUGAUCCAUUGUACUUAAGUUUGAUUUGUUAAAAAUUACAGUACUUGUGUAUAUGAACAAGGAAACGUAAAAAGGUUUGAACAAGAGAUGUAUAAAAUGCAGAUCAAGAGGUGAACUUGGCUCAUGUGGGGACCCAUUCCCGUUUAAUGUAACAGAACCGG